CCUGUGCCGGAAGGUAGAAUGCAUAAAGGUAAAUUUGAAACAGUUCAAGAAAGAUUAAGGAAGAGAUUGGUUGACUGGAGUGAGCAAUACAUGUCUUCAGGCAAUAAAGAGAUCCUAAUUAAGUCAGUUGCUCAGGCUAUUCCAGCUUAUGUGAUGAGUGUGUUUAAGCUCCCAGCUUCUGUUUGUGAUGAGUUAACCCGCUUGAUGCGUCAGUACUGGUGGGGCAUUGAGAAAGGGAAGAGUAAGAUGGCAUGGCUCAGUUGGGACAAGAUGAGAUUACCUAAAGCUAUCGGAGGCAUGGGCUUCAGAGAUAUGAGGGCUUUUAACCAGGCACUGCUUGCUAAACAGGCCUGAUGACUCAUUGAUACACCAAAUAGCCUAUGUGCUAGAUUGUUGAAGGCAAAGUAUUUUCCUGCAGGGCAUUUGCUAGACACGGUUUUUUCCAAUAGCGGCUCAGCAGUUUGGAAAGGAAUAUUGCAUGGUCUGGAUUUACUAAAGAAGGGUAUUAUUUGGCUGGUAGGGGACGGUGCUUCGAUCAGAACCUGGAGGGAUCCAUGGAUCCCGAGGGCCUCUUCUUUUCGCUCUAUAACGCCGAAACGUUCAUCCCACCUGAACCGUGUUUCUGAUUUCCUUGAUGAGCAUGGUGCAUGGCGGAUGGAGCGACUAAGGCAGAGUUUUUGACAGAUGGACAUAGAUUUUAUCCUGAAAAUCAGAAUGUAUCCAAGGCAGCGCUGUGAUUUCAUUUCUUGGUAUCCAGAGAAGACUGGACAAUUUUCUGUGAGGAGUUCUUACAAAUUGGCUACAUGUGAUCAUGACACAGCGUUUGCGGGAGGUGCUUCUUCUUUGGCACCGAACGACAAGAGAUCAAUAUGGAAUAGUGUGUAGAAGUCAUCGGUGCCUCUGAAGAUGCGGAUUACAGCUCAGAAAGUGGUUUCUGGAGCGCUGCCGACAAUACUUUGCAAAAGAGUGUGGUUUUGUGUAGCUGGAGCUACACGGUACAGAUACAUAUCUAAGCGCUCUACAUGUCCUUUAUGCGGUGUGGAGGAGGAGAACGGUUUCCAUGCUUUAGUUGCUUGCACUCACGCGCGCAAUAUAUGGUUGGGAAUGAGAUCCCGUUGGCCCCUACCGCCGGAUGAUUUCUUGGUUAACUCCGGCAAGGAGUGGUUAUUGAAUCUGCUUACUUUGUGUUCAGAAGAUGUCCGGGAUAUGGUGGUCAUGCUGAUAUGGCGUAUCUGGCAGUUGAAGACAGAUGCUUCACAUGGUAAGGAAUGCCCACCGGUGGACGUCACUGUGGAUUUCCUGGAUAGCUAUCACAAGUCUAUCAAACUCGCUGGACGCUUUAGUACAGACGAGAUAAUCAAAGGGAAGAUGAGUGUGUCCGACCUUGGGCCUGGUAAGUCAGAGACUCGCCACCCCGCUCCGUGGCCAGCACCAGCGCCGGGCACCGUCGCCCUAUCCGUGGAUGGGUCAUUUCGGGACUCGGAUGGGUCUGCCGCAGCGAGGAUGAUUCUUCGAGAUGAGUCAGGUGCAGUGUUGUUCACCGCUUACCGUUACAUCUUCCAUUGUAACGAUGCUUUGGAAGCGGAGUUUCAUCAUUGUCUAGCAAUGGUCUCAUUAGAUCAGCUUAUGGUCAUUUAGUCCUUGAGAUAAAGGAACUAAUGAGUAAUAGGGAGUUUUUACCUCAAAAAAUUCAUCGUAGCCAAAAUUGUGUUGCAGAUCGGUUGACCAGUUAUAGCCGCUCCGAGCGGACCACGGAUGUGUGGGUACGCUCGGUUCCACCCUAUAUCGAAGAGUUGUGGCCUCUUGAUUGUAACACUUCCUUUUACCCCGGAAAAAAAAUGCUAGCACGAUUUGGGGUGUGGGCUGCGUGCUAGGAAGAAAGCACGAUCGAUUCGGCCACCGCAGCGCAGCGGUUCACGGGCCAAAUUUUGAUGCGCCGCCACGCGCCCCGAUAAUCCUUCAUCAUUGCCUCUGCCGCAGCGUGCGUUAAUGGCGAUUAGACGUGGUGGGGCCGCGCGAGAACGUGCGCCGGUUCCGCGAGCGCGAGAGGCAGGAGGAGGAGGAGGAGAAUGCGAUGCGACGACCCCGGUCCGUACGUCGAUGGCACCGCUCCGGCUCCGCUGCACGCGUGUACCGAGGCGCUCCCCGCUCCCAGUCCCUGACACGCGGGCUCGUGCCUGCCUGGCUCCGCAUGUCAUUGGCAUUUCUCUUAUGAGCGAUACGUCCGCGAGCCCAUCUUUCCGUCUUUCUAUAUAGCUAGCGUCGCCCAAGCCGCUUCACCUCCAAAAGGCUUCGCUCUCCUGUGCCGCUGUCAACUCCAUAGGUAGGGUACCGACCUAGCUUGUCCAUGUCUGCGCGAGGCGGUGGAGGUGGCAGGCGCGGCGGCCACGGCCGCGGCGGCGAGCCCUCCGGAGCGCAGGAGGGUGGCCGCGGACGGGGUGGUGGUGGUGGAGGCGGCCGAGGGACGGGACCGGGCGGGGACCUCGGUGGCGAGCGCGGCCGCGGAGGACACGGACGCGGCCAUGCCGGCGAACAGGAGCCACAUGGCCGACGCGGCGGGGGCGGCCGAGGGAGCGGCCGAGGUGGCGAGCGCGGUGGACAUCGCGACGACGCGGCGAGAGGCCGAGGUGGUCGAGGCGGCUACACCUCGUCGCCCUCGCAGCCUGCAGCUGGCGGGAGGGGUGGCGUCGCCGCUGUAGGGGAGCACUACCCGCGUUACGGUGGCACUGGACCUGGCCGAGCCGGCCAGCCAGUGGCGGCCCCGACGGCGGCGGUGGAGGUGCUGGGUGCCGAGGUGGAGCGGAUGAUGGUGCUCUCUAAGGCCGCAGGCGAGCGGCCGUCGUCGUCGUCCUCGGCUCCGGUGGCGGCGGAGGAGCAGCGGAGGGUCGUCAUGGAGCCUCGGGUGCCGGCGGCGCCAGCGAAUCUGCCGCCGGUGUCGAGCAAGGCGGAGAAGUUCCCGGCGCGGCCGGGGUUCGGGACCAUCGGGCGGAGGUGCCGCGUCCGCGCCAACCAUUUCCUCGUGCAGGUCGCCGACAAGGAGAUCUACCACUACGAUGUGGCAAUUGAUCUGGAAACGAGGUCUCGCGGAUGGAACAGAUCAAUAAUCAACGAACUAGUUAAAUUGCACAAGGAACACUUGGACGGUAGGCUGCCUGUUUAUGAUGGAAGGAAGAGCCUAUAUACUGCUGGUGCACUGCCAUUCAAGAGCAAAGUAUUUGUCGUCAAACUUGCUAAUGCCGCGAAAGCGAAUAAACGGGAGGAGGAAUACAAGCUGACCGUAAAGCUUGCUUCAAAUCUGGAUAUGUACAGCGUUCGGCAGUUUUUGGCUGGUAGAAGCAGGGAGCUUCCACAGGACACUAUCCAAGCUCUCGACAUCGCCCUAAGGGAGAGCCCCACAACAAAGUAUGUAUCGAUAUCUAGAUCGUUCUUCUCUCAGUCAUUUGGACAUGGUGGCGCGAUUGGCAACGGUGUCGAAUGCUGGAGGGGUUAUUACCAAAGUCUUCGGCCCACACAGAUGGGAUUGUCACUAAAUAUUGAUAUUUCUGCAACGGCAUUUUACAAGGCCCAAGCAGCGGUGGAAUUUGCUCUUGAAUAUCUGAAUAUCCGAGAUGCUUCAAGGCCCUUGAUUGAUCAGGAUCGCAUUAAGUUGAAGAAAGCCCUUAGAGGUGUCCGGGUUGAGGCCACUCAUCGGACGGAUAAAACCAUACGCUACAAGAUCACUAGUGUAUCCUCAGCUCCAUUGAAGGAAUUAAUAUUUGAUCAAGAUGGUGUGCGCGUAUCAGUAGUCCAGUACUUUAAGAAGCAAUACAAUUACACUUUGAAAUAUACCAAUUGGCCAUGCCUUCAGGCUGGCAGUGACAGCAGACCGGUCUAUUUGCCUAUGGAGGUUUGCAGCAUUGUUGGAGGGCAAAGAUAUUCUCGGAAGUUGAAUGAACGCCAAGUUUCAAGCAUACUAAAGAUGGCAUGUGAAAGACCAGCUCAACGGGAGAGCAGUGUUCUAGAGAUUGUUAAUAGGAAUAAUUAUGGCAAUGAUGAAUAUUCCAAAGAAUUUGGCAUGAAAGUCAUGAACCAACUUGCAUUGGUCGAUGCUCGUGUACUACCUGCCCCAAGGCUUAAAUAUCAUGACUCUGGACGGGAAAAAGAAUGUAAUCCUUCAGUAGGACAAUGGAACAUGAUAAACAAGAGAAUGGUGAAUGGUGGAUCUAUCAACUAUUGGGCAUGUCUAACUUUCGCGUCUCGACUUCAUCCAAACGACAUUGGCAUGUUUUGCCGUGAUCUGGCUCACAUGUGCAAUAGCAUUGGCAUGGUAAUGAACAUGGAACCAUGCGUGAAUAUCACACAAGCGCGCCGUCAGGACACUGUGGAGUCUGCAAUCAGAAAUAUCCAUAGGCAUUCUGCAGAAGUGCUCACUAAGCAAGGUCUAGAAGGGAAGCAACUUGAAUUAUUGAUCAUCAUAUUACCUGAUAUUAGUGGUUCUUAUGGAAAGAUAAAACGGCUCUGUGAAACCGAGCUUGGAGUAAUAACUCAGUGCUGCUUACCCAAGAAUGUUCAGAAGGGUGGGAAACAAUACCUUGAAAAUCUUUCUCUGAAGAUCAAUGUUAAGGUUGGAGGUCGGAAUACGGUACUUGAAGAUGCUUUGUACAAGAGGAUACCCCUUCUGACUGACGUGCCUACUAUAGUUUUUGGAGCUGAUGUUACCCACCCAGCUGCUGGAGAAGAUGCAUGUCCAUCUAUUGCAGCAGUUGUUGCAUCUAUGGAUUGGCCAGAAGUAACAAAAUACAAAUGCUUGGUCUCUUCACAAGCCCAUAGGGAAGAAAUUAUUGCCGAUCUUUACGCAGAAAUAAAAGAUCCACAGAAGGGGCUUGUCGGCGGUGGGAUGAUAAGGGAGUUGCUUCUCUCAUUCUACAGAGCAACUGGAUGUAAACCUCACAGAAUUAUAUUUUAUAGAGAUGGCGUUAGUGAGGGACAGUUCAGCCAAGUGUUGCUUUAUGAAAUGGAUGCAAUUCGCAAGGCUUGUGCUACUUUACAGGCUGGUUACCUCCCGCCAGUCACAUUUGUUGUUGUGCAAAAGCGGCAUCACACUCGCCUAUUUCCUGAAAAUCAUCGUGCGCGGGAUCUGACGGAUAGAAGUGGGAAUAUCCUACCCGGUACCGUCGUCGACACAAAGAUAUGUCAUCCUACUGAGUUUGAUUUCUACCUCUGUAGCCAUGCUGGCAUUCAGGGAACAAGCCGCCCGACACACUAUCACGUUCUUCUCGACGAAAACCGUUUCAGUGCUGAUGCCCUGCAAACAUUGACCUACAAUCUUUGCUACACCUACGCCCGGUGCACGCGAUCGGUCUCUAUAGUUCCUCCGGCGUACUACGCGCACUUGGCGGCCUUCCGCGCGCGCUACUACAUGGAGGACGAGUUCUCAGACGGGGGCUCGUCGUCGGCCACAGCCCGGUCCGCGCCUGCGAGGCAGCUCCCCAAGAUCAGAGACAGUGUCAAGGAGUUCAUGUUCUACUGCUGAUGUAUGUUUGUGUACGUACGUGUCUGCUGAUCCCUUGCUGGCAAGAACUACGUAGGGUCUCCAUGCCUUUUGCCUAUGGUUGUGCUGCAGAUGGCUUGCUCGAACUAGAGCUGUCUCAUCGAUGCCUUUUGUGGUUUGUGUGACGUGUCGCCUGCAAGAACUGUAGUUUUAGGUUGGUGGGAGUGGGAAGGCUUUGGGAGUACGUAAUUUUGGAGUCAUGGCUUGUAUCCUGGUGGGUACAUUCUUGUAUAUUUUGGGAAAACACUCUGUAUGACACUGUUGGCGAGCUUCGAAGUGACAUCAGUUGUGGACGUGUCUGCUCUCAGUUGGAAAGAUUUUCAGCUAGUUCGCUGUCGUGAUGA